AUGGGUCCUCCUACGAACUUGGAGCUCAAUGCCAAGCGGGAGGAGCACUGCAUCCAAGUGACUCCCGAGCGGAAAUAUUACCGAUAUGCAGAUACCUGGGUCAAACGGAGCCUCAAGCCCUCCGAGUGGCAAAAGCACGGUGGGUAUAUGUUUGUGCCCAAGUUCAGCACCGAAAGAAUCCUGAACGAAGGGGCGUGUCUCGCAUUCCUCGCCGAGCACACCGAGAUCCCGGUCCCGCGCAUCUACGCCUGCUUUGAGGACGACGGGGCCGCAUACCUCAUCACCGAGUUCGUCGAGGGUACGCCCAUGAGCCAGCUGCCGCCAGAGCAGCAGAAGCACGUCGUGGUCGAGCUGGAGCAGCACUUGGCCACUCUGAAGGAUAUUACAUCUCCGAACUGGGGAGGGCCCACAGGACAUGUCCUCCCCCCAUACCGCGUCAUGAGGAGAUCCAAAGGCCACCCGUGGCACAUGCGACCGCGCGACGAGGACAGCCUGGUGUUUUGCCACAACGACCUCUCGGCCAGCAACGUCCUCGUGGACCCCUACACGCUCAAGAUCAACGCCAUCGUCGACUGGGAGUACGCAGGCUUCUACCCGCCCGAGUUCGACAGCCCCUUUUACCUGCGCGCGGGACCACCGGUGGCGCUGCAGGGUGAGUACGACGACGUGGACGAGCUCUGCCGCAUGAUCGACUCGGAGCGAGUCUACCUCGAGAACCAGCAGCAUACCGCCCCGCAGACACCGGUGACGCCGUAUGGUCCUCCCGGCGCUCGAGGGUCUGGUCAGUCCGCUUCUGGGGCGAACGGCCAGCAGCAGCAGCAGCAGCAGCAGCAUCAAAAGCAGCAGCACCAGCGGGAGCACCAGCGGGAGCAGCAGUCGGGGCCGAAUGGUGGGUCGAUGAGGGGGCUGGGACCGCCUCCACAGGCACAGUUUGCACACCAAGGGAAUAAUCAGAAUGGUGGAAAUGGUGGACAGCAGCAGCAGCAGCAGCAGCAGCAACAGGGGAUGGGAGGGCGACCGUUCUUGGGCCCGGCGGGGUCCUUCACGGCGCAGCGAUCCAUCAGCCCGGGGCUACACGCGCAACGUGCGAUGAGCCCUGCGCUUCACGCUCAGCGGGCGGUCAGUCCGGGAGUUGCGCACGCUUAUAGUGGACAGAAUGGACAUGGAGGGCAAAACGGUCAAAACGGAAAUGGUCCUUAUGCGCAGUAG